UUCAUUUCCAACCUCAUAACCUUCUUCGGUUCAUCGUCAGAAUUUUGGUUGCGCCAUGAUUGAAUGGAGAAUAAGCAAGAAUGUGUUGUUCAGAGUGAUAUUUGUAUUAAUUUUAGGUCAAAUUGCAUCAAUAAAUCUUUCUCUACUGAGUUUCACUUCCUCACUCUUAUCAAAUCGAAGUAUAAAUGUACCACUCACUCAGUCUCUUCUUACUUACACUCUACUUGCGCUUGUUAACAUUCCUAUCAUCUUGUUCCGUCGGCAAAAAUUGAUGGUACCUUGGUAUUGGUAUCUUCUGUUGGCCUUUAUCGAUGUUGAAGCCAAUUAUGUGGUUCUCAAGGCAUAUCAAUAUACGUCGAUUACGAGUGUGACGUUGCUGGAUUGUUGGACAACACCAUGGGUUAUGAUCUUAACAUGGAUAUUCAUAGGGACUAGAUAUACUCUGGGUCAGUUCUUUGGUGCAGCUACAUGUGUGAUUGGUCUUUGUUUAGUUCUGUUGUCAGAUUCAGCCGGUGGCGACUCAUCAGGUGGGACUGCACCUCUUUUUGGAGAUGCGCUUGUCAUUGCUGGAACACUUGGUUUUGCAUUGAGUAAUGUUGGAGAGGAAUAUUUUGCUAAGAAGAAAGAUCUUACUGAACUUCUUGCAAUGCUCGGCAUAUUUGGAAUGUUUGUGAGCAUAUGCCAGAUACUACUAGUUGAGAGGCAUAAUCUGGAAGUAAUCAAGUGGUCUCCUGAAGCUAUAUCACUUUUUGGUGGCUUUGCACUCUCAAGCUUUAUUUACUAUUCAGUUGUUCCUUAUGUUUUGAAGUUGGGAGGAUCUGUGCUACACAACCUCUCAAUUCUGACAUCUGAUGUUUGGGUACUCAUUAUCCGGGUCUUCAUAUAUCAGCAAAGUAUACACUGGUUAUAUUAUCUCGCGUUUGUUGUCGUGGUUGUUGGACUCAUUAUUUAUUCAACAAAUGACAGGAAUGCUAUAUCUGCUAUAGACUCUGAAAAUCUAGACAACAAUGCCCAAUACCAAUUACUCGAUGAGGAAAAUGAGGGUGCUAGAAAUGAGACUUGGACGACAUAAUAUGUGAUCGACAUGUUCCUUAAGCAGUAGGUAAAGUCAUUCAGAUCGUGUACCAAUGUUGUUGUUUGCUGUAGAUAUUCUUUUUCUAUAAACAUGAUUGUUAUAAGAGAUAGGCUAAAUUCUUCCUUGUUCCUACUAAUUGGAAAGAAUGGCCAAAUAGAAGUUCAUGUUUACAUAGAUUGCCAUCAACUGAUGGUACUUGACCAA